GGUGAACUGUAAUACAAAAGCCUCGUUCCCAAACCCCUUUCCUUAUAACGAAGGCCAGCAUGUCCAUGGAAGAGGCGGAGUUUAGGACCCCGCGGCCCGGCCUGUACAAUAGUGCUGUUGUGUGGUGGUGGAAUGAAGACUGCAGCUUUUUUCCGCGUAUUGACGCUGUACAACUGAACCCAUCUGAACCACACACACGGAUUUGAACGUCUGGACGCGACCAGAACUAUUCGGAAUUCGUGCUGAGUUCAUCCGAGCUGUUUUAGGGGUAAAGAACUGUCUACUGUCUGUCGUCGUGGCAACGCUGUUGUUUUCUUGUCGACACCGCAGACGCCGUGACGCAGACUGACAACAAAGAACACGCCAAGAGAACGCUACAGGUGCAGGGCUACAGGAACGAGGUUUGGAUGAGGGACACAGGCUGAGAGAAAACACUAGCUCGCUCUAUGACUUAAAAUUUAUGGAUACAUCAGGAUGAAACGACUCAGGACUUCAAGCAGUAGUGACAGUUCAGACAAUGAGAGUCCUUCAACGUCCUUCUGUAAGACUCCGUAUGGCAGUAAAGCAGGAACUCCAUCCUCGGCUCAGAAAAAGCCAGCGGAGGUGUUCAGGAAAGACCUGAUCAGUGCCAUGAAGCUGCCAGAUUCACACCACAUCUCUCCUGAUGACUAUUACCUUCUCGCUGAUACCUGGAGGCAGGAGUGGGAGAAAGGAGUGCAGGUCCUGGCUAGUCCUGAUACCAUUCCUCAUCCCUCCAUCAGGACCAUGGCAGAGAAGCCGAAAGAGGUCCUGUUCUCCAGGCCAAGGAAGUACAUCCAGUGCUGGAGUCAGGACUGUACAGAGACCGGAUACGUGAACAUCAAGGAGCUGGCCGAGGCCAUGUGCAGGUACGACCUGGACGACAUGGACCUGUACUGGCUGCGACACCUGAACAUGGAGCUGCUGCACAUGGGAGAAGGGACGGUGGACGAGUUGACCAUGGAGCGGACGAUGGAGGCUCUUGAACGAAACUGCCAUGAAAACAUGAACCACGCCAUCGAGACGGAGGAAGGACUGGGCAUCGAGUACGACGAGGACGUCAUCUGUGAUGUGUGUCGUUCCCCCGACAGCGAGGAGGGAAACGACAUGGUCUUCUGUGACAAGUGCAACAUUUGUGUUCAUCAGGCUUGUUACGGCAUCGUGAAAGUUCCAGACGGAAACUGGCUGUGCAGGACCUGUGUACUGGGCAUCAAGCCGCAGUGUAUACUGUGUCCUAAUAAAGGAGGAGCGAUGAAGGCCACGCGAGCCGGGACCAAGUGGGCACACGUCAGCUGCGCUCUCUGGAUCCCAGAGGUGAGCAUCGCAUGUCCAGAGAGGAUGGAGCCCAUCACUAAACUGUCUCACAUUCCGCCCAGCCGCUGGUCUCUCAUCUGCAGCCUGUGCAAGAUCAAAACCGGGGCCUGCAUACAGUGUUCGGUGAAAAACUGCACCAUCCCUUUCCACGUCACCUGCGCCUUCGAACACAACCUGGAGAUGAAGACCAUCCUGGACGAAGGAGACGAGGUCAAGUUCAAAUCCUACUGCCUGAAGCACAGCAAGCCCAAAUCGUCCGAACCUGGUCUGAGCCCGGCUCGACACAAAGCGCCGACAGAGACGGAGAAGGUGGGCCUGAGAGCGCAGAAGCUCCAAGAGCUGGAGGAAGAGUUCUACAAGCUGGUGCAGCCGGAUGAGGUGGCGCAGGAGCUCGGGCUGCCGGUCCACCUGCUCGACUUCAUCUACCAGUACUGGAAGCUGAAGCGGAAGAGCAGCUUUAACAAAGCUCUCCUGCCUCCUAAAGAAGAUGAGGAGAACCUGCUGAAGCAGCCGCAGGAGGACAGCAUACACACGCGCAUGCGCAUGUUCAUGCACCUCCGACAAGACCUGGAGAGGGUGAGGAAUCUGUGCUACAUGGUGAGUCGGAGAGAGAAGUUGAAAUUGUCUCAGAGCAAAGUCCAGGAGCAGAUCUUCAACCUUCACGUCAAACUCAUGAACCAGGAACAAGCUGGAGAACUUCCGGUGUCCUCCAACGUGGAGAACCUGAUCUUUCCACCUCCUCCUCGGAUCACCAUCAAACUCAAAAUCAAAAGCAAAACCAGCACCAAGUCGGGAAACGGGCCCCUUUGCCCGGAUAACAGCGGUAACGUGUAUGACGUGGGCGGGGCCGGGAUGGGGCAGGGCAAACCUCAGCUCCAGCACACCCGAGCGCCCCGGGACGAUCGGACCAACGGCGUCGUCCCUGUCACCAAGCCGACGGGGAAACCUCUGGCCCUGCACGCCGCUCUACACGGUCACUCGGCCAAACCCGAGCCGGACCGACCUCACCAGCAUUCGCUCAAGUCCAACGGCAUCGCGGAGAAACCCGCGGUUCAGAGGAACCCCCCCUGCCUCCUGACUUCGCCCGAACCGGGAUCCGGGUCCGAGAAGCAUCCGGGGAAAAGUCAAGCGGGCUCGCUUCAUAAAUCCACUAUGGACCAGCUCAGCAGAACGUUAAAAGAAGCCACCGUGAGCUUGGUACGGACUACGGCGGAUCUCUGGAGCGCUAACAAAAAUGUGCAUAAAAACAAAGAACGGACGAACUGUGACGAACGAGCACCAAAGAGCGGCAGAGGGUACCAGGAGAGUGACGGGUACUGCCCCGACCUGGAGCUCAGCGAUUCUGAAUCCGAAGCCAAAGGCAAGCCGCAUAGGAAAGCAGGGAGAGGGUUGAGCGACAGGAGUCCCGCCGGUGCUUACGGACGCGGAGGAACUCGAGGGAACGUUUCUUUAGGUUCCAGGAAUAACGUUCAAAGGUGACGAGAUGCAAUGUGGGAAACAAAAAUCUCCAACCGACUGCUAACAUAAAGCACUGCCGCGCACCACGGGCGGGGCGAUCCCCGGUUACGCCCGGUCCAAGGCCUGGGAGAGAAAACGUGGCAUGGUGGAUUUUAGAACGUCCAUCGUAUCGGAGCUGCCUUAUAAACUACAGAAGGACCGUCUCAUCUUCAGACCGUCUAGCGGUGUUUCUGUAUAUAUGUCAUAAAACGAUUUUAGGUUGUGUACUGUGUGUAUAUUCGAUUUUUCUGCGUCCUCCAAAACAUUCUUAUGGUUAUGCAAAUCAAUAAAGGCAUAAGAACAACACCGA